UCGAGAAUGGAGAUGUGGAAGACAUUUUGGGAGAUCAUCUUCCUUGCAGCUGGUUUUGGCUUCAUCAAGUCACAGAGAAUUGUAUGCAGCCAGACCUCUGUGGGAGACAUCGUGUUUCUAGUGGACAACAGCAUGGUCCCCCAGUAUGUCCGCAACGUGAGGAACUUCUUGUACACCAUGGUGAAUAGCUUCAACGUCAGCAGGGAGACCAUCCGCGUGGGGCUAGCCCAGUACAGCGACGUGCCCCAUUCUGAGUUCCUACUUUCCACAUAUCGCCACAAAGGUGAUGUGUUGAGACACAUUAAGAGGUUUCAACUAAAACCUGGGGCCACUAGGGGCAACAAGAUGGGCCUGGCCCUGCAGUUCCUUCUAGACCAUCACUUCCAGGAAGCAGCGGGAAGCCGGGCACGCCAAGGAGUGCCCCAGAUCGCCAUGGUGAUCAGCAGCAGCCCAGCUGAGGACCCUGUGCAGGAACCUGUGGAGGCGUUUAGGAGGGCAGGCAUCCUGCUUUAUGCCAUUGGCAUCAGAGACGCAGCUUUGGCAGAGCUCAGGGAGAUUGUGAGCCGUCCUGUGGAGAAGUUUGCCUCUUUUGUUCCCAACUUCCAAGGUCUGGGAAGCCUCACCCCGAGGCUGCGGCUGGAUCUCUGUGAUACUUUGGCAAAGGCAGCUCAACCUGUUGACCAUGUCUCUCCAGCUUGCAGAGAAGUGGUCCUGGCAGAUAUUGUCUUUCUAGUAGACAGCUCAACCAGCAUUGGACCCCAGAACUUCCAGAAAGUGAAGAACUUCCUUCACUCUGUCGUCAUGGGGCUUGACAUCAGCAGUGACCAUGUCCGAGUGGGCCUCGCUCAGUAUAAUGACAACAUCUACCCAGCCUUUAGACUGAACCAGUACCCUCUGAAGAGUGUGGUCCUGGAACAUAUCCAGAAUCUUCCCUACCGUACAGGAGGCACCAACACAGGGACUGCCCUGGAGUUUAUCAGGACCAACUACUUGACUGAGGCAGCUGGCAGCCGGGCCAAGGACAGGGUUCCUCAGAUAGUUAUCCUGGUGACCGACGGGGAGUCAAAUGAUGAAGUCCAAGAGGCAGCUGAACGGUUGAAAAAAGAUGGUGUUGUUGUGUAUGUGGUAGGCAUCAACGUCCAGGAUGUCCAGGAGUUGCAAAAAAUAGCCAGUGAGCCAUUUGAGAAGUUUCUCUUUAACACUGAAAAUUUCAACAUCCUACAGGAUGUCUCAGGAGGGAUUCUUCAGUCACUGUGCUCAUCAGUGGAGGGUAAAAUAAAAGAAUUCACCCAGGCCUAUGCAGAUGUGGUCUUUCUCACCGACACCUCACAGAACACAUCACAGGCCAGUUUCCAGUGGAUGCAGAAUUUCAUCUCUGGAGUGGUUGGCAUGCUGGAUGUUGGCAGGAACAAGUACCAGAUUGGGCUGGUUCAGUAUGGUGGUCAAGGUUACACUGAAUUUUUGCUCAAUACCUACCAGAGCCAGGAUGAGAUGAUCGCUCACAUCCAUGAACACUUCUUGCCCCGGGGUGGUGCUAGGAGGACAGGCCAAGCUCUGCGAUACCUUCAUCAGACCUUCUUCCAGCAAGCAGCAGGAAGCCGGUUUCUUCAGGGCAUUCCCCAAUAUGCAGUGGUCAUUACCUCAGGCAAAUCUGAGGAUGAGGUUUGGGAUGCUGCACAGACAUUGAGGGAGAAAGGCGUGAAAGUCAUGUCUGUGGGUAUACAGGACUUUGACAGAAGACAACUGGAGGGGAUGGGGACCCCACCCCUUGUAUAUGAGAUGCAAGGACAAGAUGGAGUCAGACAGAUGAUGGAAGAUGUGAGUACGGUGAUCCAAGGGAUUGGGCAGACCACGUCCAGGACAGAUGUCGAGGAGACUACAGUAGCAUGUCCGACUGCUAUCCCUGCUGACUUAGUAUUCCUCAUUGAGGAAUUUAGCAGCGUUAGGCAACUGAAUUUCCAGCAAGUUGUCAAUUUCUUAAAGACCACCGUCAGAUCUCUAAGAAUUCUUCCCGAAUUUGUGAGAAUUGGCUUGGUCUUUUAUAGUGAGGAACCACGACUUGAGUUUUCACUGGAUGCAUUUAAGACUCCAGCUAAAAUCUUGGAGCAUUUGAACAAAUUAACCUACAGGGAAAAAAGAGGAAGGACCAAGACUGGUGCUGCUUUGGAUUUCCUAAGGACUGAGGUUUUCAUUCAGGAGAAGGGCAGCCGGCCCAAGCAAGGUGUGCCGCAGAUAGCCGUGGUCAUCACGGAAGGCUUCUCCCAAGACAAUGUGUCCAGACCGGCGUCUCUCCUCCGCAGGGCAGGGGUUACCAUCUAUGCAGUGGGCACCCAGCUUGCCUCAGAGAGUAAGGACUUGGAGAAGAUAGCAUCAUAUCCUCCUUGGAAGCAUGUCAUCUCUCUGGAAUCCUUUUUGCAACUCUCCAUUAUGGGAAGCAAGAUUAAAAACCAGCUCUGCCCUGAAAUUGUGGGUAUAAGAGUUUCCACUACUGGGAUGGGCUUUGCCCAGAAAGAAGACUGUGUGCACAUCGAGAAGGCAGAUAUCUACUUCCUUAUUGAUGGAUCUGGCAGCAUCCAACAAGACAAUUUUCUUGAAAUGAAGGUGUUCAUGAAUGAAGUGAUAAAGAUGUUCCAUAUCGGGCCCAACAGAGUACAGUUUGGAGUCGUUCAGUACUCAGACGGAAUUAGUAGUCAGUUUAUCCUCAGCCAGUAUGCCAGUGUGGCCAGACUGAAGGAAGCCAUUGAUGACAUCCAACAGAGGGGAGGUGGCACCCUGACAGGUCAGGCCUUGAGGAGCAUGGCUCAGAUCUUUGCAAAGACUGCUCGUCGCAACGUGCCUUGGUACCUCAUAGUCAUCACUGAUGGUCGAUCUGCGGACCCAGUGGCUCAGGCUGCAGAGGCAUUGAGAGGAUACGGAGUCAUCAUUUAUGCUAUUGGGGUGAGAGAUGCUAACACCACUGAGCUUCAGGAGAUUGCUAAAGACAAGAUGUUUUUUGUGCAUGAAUUUGAUUCAUUGAAGGCCAUCCAGCAAGAAGUGGUACAAGACAUCUGCUCCUCAGAGACCUGUAAGAAUAAGAAAGCUGACAUUAUCUUUCUGAUAGAUGGUUCAGAAUCCAUCUCCCCAAAAAACUUUGAAAAGAUGAAGGGAUUCAUGAAGAGGAUGGUGAAUCAAUCUAAUAUCGGUGCUGAUGAAAUUCAGUUUGGCCUUUUGCAGUUCAGCUCAACCCCCCAGGAAGAAUUCAGGCUCAACCAAUACUUCUUAAAGGUGGACAUUCACAGAGCAAUCUCCAAUGUUCAGCAGAUGAAUGAUGGCACCCGUACUGGGAAAGCCCUGACUUUCACUCUGCCUUUUUUUGACAGUUCAAGGGGAGGGAGACCUGGUGCUGUUUAUCAGUAUUUGAUUGUGAUCACCGAUGGGGUUGCCCAGGACAAUGUAGCCACGCCAGCCAAGGCCCUCAGAGACAGAAAUAUAAUUAUUUUUGCCAUCGGGGUGGGAGAAGCCAAAAACUCUCAGCUUUUGGAGAUGACUAAUGACCAGGGUAAAGUGUACUAUGGAGAGAAUUUUGAGUCCCUGCAGAAUCUGGAGAAGGAAAUUCUUUAUAAGGUCUGCAUUCCAGAAGAAUGCAAAAUAGAUUUGUCUGUAGGAAUUGAUAUCUCCACUCCCACAUGGCAAAAUCAGAAGAAGCUUCAAGGGUUACUGCCAGAGCUGAUGCAACAGUUGGCCUUGCUUCCGAACAUCAGCUGUAACAAUUCUGGGCAGAUCAACACAAUGUUUCGCUACUUGGUUCCUGACUCAGAUGGCCAGCUUAUCUUCGACUCAGGCUUUGAGAAGUAUAGUGAUGAAAUCAUUCAGAAGUUCUUGGUUCAUCAGGCUGCCAAGAGCAACCAUAUGAAUGUGAAUUUUUUGCAGUCCCUCGGAGAUAACGCUAUCAACUUCUCUUCUGCUAAAGUGAAGGUCCUUUUAGUGUUUACAGAUGGACUGGAUGAUGAUUUGGAGAGACUGAAGAAAACAUCUGAGCUUCUCCGAGGCAAAGGAUUCUCUGGACUCCUCAUUAUUGGUCUGGAAGAUGUACACAAACUGGAAGAGCUUCAGGAGCUAGAAUUUGGCAGAGGAUUUACAUAUAAUCAGCCUCUGAGCAUCACACUGCCAUCCCUUCCAAACAUCUUACAGAAGCAACUUGACACAAUGGCAGAAAGAAGAUGCUGUAAUACAUAUGCAAAGUGUUUUGGAGAAGAAGGGCAGAGAGGUGACCAUGGGAGCCCUGGGAGGAAGGGAGAGCAAGGGUCUGACGGAUUACCUGGUCAUCCUGGUGAAGAAGGUGGACAUGGAGAAAGAGGCCCCCAAGGUUCUCCUGGACCCCGAGGUGAGGAAGGAUGCCCGGGUAUGAGAGGACCUAAGGGAGCACGAGGAUUUUCAGGAAAGAAGGGCGACCCUGGUGAGGAAGGUGUUGAUGGCUUGGAUGGAGAACAGGGUAAUCAUGGAAUCCCAGGACCAUCUGGAGAAAAAGGAAAUAGGGGAAAUCAGGGCUUCACAGGGCCACCUGGACCACCUGGAGAGCACGGAGAGCCCGGGUUAAGGGGAGACCCUGGGGACCCCGGAAUUGAUAGUUACAUCCAAGGACCUAAGGGAGAAAAAGGAAGGUAUGGACAUCAGGGAAGGUCUGGUUUCGAUGGCCUUCAGGGGGAAACUGGAAAUGUUGGCUCUCGGGGGUCAAGAGGAAGACAAGGUCAGCCAGGAUUGAAGGGUUUGCGUGGAGAAUCUGGUGGACGCGGUUACCAAGGAGAACUUGGGUAUCCAGGCUCACAGGGACCAAGAGGAAGGCAAGGACCACCAGGAAUUUUUGGACAAACGGGCUCACUGGGUGCUCGGGGAAAUCCUGGGCCUCCAGGACAAAAUGGUUCAAAAGGAAAAGCUGGACCAAGAGGAAUGAAGGGAGAACAUGGGAAUGCAGGAGAAAAAGGCCCACGGGGUCAACAAGGACCAAGAGGGCAGCCUGGUCUUUUUGGUCCUGAUGGAUAUGGACAUCCAGGAAGGAAAGGAAAAAAGGGUGAACCUGGAUUUCCUGGCUAUCCUGGCACAAAAGGAGAAGAUGGUGAUCUGGGCCACCGAGGAGAAGAGGGGGCAAAGGGAAUCAGAGGGAAGAGGGGUAAUGCUGGCUAUCCAGGAUUUGUUGGAACUCCAGGUGACCAAGGCCCUCCAGGACCACGGGGCAUCAAGGGUCCCAGAGGCUUGGCAGAUAUGAUGCCUUGUGAAAUCAUCAAUUUCACACGAGAAAACUGCCCUUGCUCAACAGGUGUUUCCAAGUGCCCAGUGUUCCCAACUGAAGUGGUCUUUGCCUUGGACAUGUCAAAUGAUGUUUCUGAGUUGGAUUUCGAGAGGAUGAGAGACAUUUUAUUGUCUCUGUUGAUGAAGAUGGAAAUAAGUGAGAGCAACUGCCCAACGGGUGCCCGAGUGGCCAUCGUUUCAUACAACAAAAAAAUAGAUCACUUGAUUCGCUUCUCGGACUCUAAGGGAAAGCCUGCACUCCUUCAGGCAGUCAGGAAAAUCCCUCUGGAAAGGUCAUCUGGCAACAGGAACCUUGGGAACGCCAUGAGGUUUGUGGCAAGACACAUAUUCAAACGUGUGCGCUCAGGCCUUCUCAUGAGGAAGGUGGCUGUGUUCUUCCAGGCGGGCUGGGCCCAUGAUGUGGAUUCCAUCAGCACGGCCACACUGGAGCUCAGUGCGCUGGACAUUAUCCCUGCCGUCAUCACCUUCACAGAGGAGCACAACCUCCCAGACGCACUGGUGAUGGAUGGAACCAACAGAUUUCAUCUAUUCAUCUGGGAGACUAAGUACCAACAGGACACAGAGCGCGUGACCCGCUGCAUACUCUGCUAUGACAAGUGCCGCCCAGCCCUGGAGUGCAGGCCAGCCACACCUGGACCCCUGGCGGUGGACGUGGACUUGGCGUUCGUGGUGGACAGCUCCCACAGCGUCGGCGCCGAUGUGUACCGAGCCGCGUUGAGUCUGCUGGACGCCACGCUUGACAACCUAGAGGUGGCUGCGCAGCCAGACACGUCGCUCCACGGGGCGCGCGUGGCUCUGGUGAUGCACACAACUCCAGGCUUCUGGCCGGGAGCGGGACACAGCCCGGUGCUGGAGGCUUUCCGCCUAACCUCCUAUGGCCACCGAACACAGAUGCAGAGGCACAUCCGCGAGGCCGCGGGCCGCCACCUGCAGGGAGCCCCGGCCCUGGGCCACGCCCUAGAGUGGACACUAGAGAAGGUGCUCCUGGCAGCCCCACGGCCCAGGAGGGCACAAGUUCUCUUCGCCAUCGUGGCCAGCGAGACCAGCAGCUGGGACCGGGAGAAACUAAGGACUCUGUCCCAGGAGGCCAAGUGCAAGGGCAUCACUCUGUUUGUGCUGGCCUUGGGCCCAGGUGUGGGAACCCACGAGCUGGCUGAGCUGGCUCAAGUGGCCAGCGUCCCCUCUGAGCAGCACCUGCUUCGCCUGGAGGGGACCUCAGAUGCUGAUAUGGCCUAUGCCCAGGGCUUCACGUGGGCCUUCCUGAACCUCCUAAAAAGUGGAACAAACCAGUAUCCACCCCCAGAGCUCGUUGAAGAAUGUGGGGGCCCAAGCCGAGGGGACACUCUGCUGCAGCCACUUAUGCUUAUCAAGAGGUUGCCCAAGCACCAGCGUGGCAUAUCUGGCUUUGCUGAUAAUUUGGAAGCACUUGAAGCAACAGAUUUUUUUUCAGAGGAGAAUAGAACAGCCACGAUGACCUCUCUUACUCAGCAAGAAGCACUUGAAAAAUAUGAAAAGAAUGGAUAUGCCGCUGAAGAAAAUGAACAAGAAAUGUCUGCAAGACAAAAGAAAAAUGGAAAAGAAAUAAAUUCAGGCACUGCCUAUGGUCCUUGUUUUAUGGAUCCAGAGGAAGGCAAGUGCCGGGAUUACAUCCUGAAAUGGUACUAUAACAAGGAGGAGCAGGCUUGCCAACAGUUCUGGUAUGGUGGCUGUGGGGCCAAUGCCAACCUAUUUGAAACCAAGGAUGAAUGUGAGGUUCAAUGUGUCCCAACACCCCUGUAG